AUGCGCACACUCAUCCUGACCAACGGCUUCUUCCACCACCCGAUGCGUAAAGAAGGCCACCUGGAUGCACCCUCAUUCGCGACACUGGCACGUGCUGGACUUUUUCCUCGGCUGGAGGCGAGACCAGCCAGAAGUGCUGGCGACAAAGGAGAUUCCGACGGCCGACGGGUGGACCGACCAUCGCCUCGUCACCUCCAGUCUCGCGGCGACGUCAGGGUAAGCGAGCCCCAUGUAAGCUGAAUAUUACUUUGUUGUCUUAGCCUGCUGACCAUCUCUACUUCAGCAAUGAGCUAGCUCAGCGACUAGCCAACCUUCCAGUCGACGCCGCCAUCGAGAACGCCUCCGGUGGGAACCGAUGGUGCCAACUCCGGGAAACAAUCCAGUCGACGACCCUGUCUGUCCUCGGUCACGCACGUCGCCAACACCGGGACUGGUUCGAUGACAACAACGCCGUCAUCAGCAACCUGCUCGCCGACAAGAAACGCCUGCACAAAGCCUACGUCAACCACUCCACCGCGGUAGAUGUUGCGCAAGUCUACCAUCACUAA